CACAACGCGCACCACGUUCAGAACGGAAGGGAAAAGAGCGAAGAAGGAAGACAGGGGAAGAAAGGAGAGGAACGAGUGAGAAGAGGAGAGCGAGGGACCCAGGUUGUCACCGUCGAACCCGCCAACCGCGUCGCCGUUGUUCGUCCUCAUCACUGCCAGGGACGUCGCUAGGGAGCUCGCGCAAGUUGAACGUGCUGUCUUCCCGCACCAUCGCUGCCACCGUCGAGCCUUGUCGUCGUCACGCAAGACGCCACCACGGCCGUUAAUCGAAGCCGCCGCUCGCGAAGCCAAACCGCUGUGGAGCCUGAAGCCGAAGGGGGUUGUUACCACUGCUGUUCCUAGGGCACGUUGCUGCUGCUGUUGGGUUCGUCGCAGGGAGGAAUCCGAGCAAGGAAAGGAAGAAGGUGGCGAUAGAGACCUCCGCUGCUGCUGCUGUUACCAUCGGUGUUCCGGAGCUCGCGGUUACUGUCGUUGUUGGUGAUGAACCAGGUUGUGUCCUUGCUGCUGAUUGAUUGUAGUGAGAGACGUUGUAGCUACCACUUUUCAUUUUGAGUCAUUAUUGUCAUUGCUCGGUGCCGCUGCCCUUAGUUAUAACUACUAAAUGUUGUUGCCGCGGGAUUACGUUGAAAUUGUCGCUGAUGCUGUGAAUUCAAAAUAAGCGGGCUUAUCGUGGUUAAUUCGUGUGAGUUCAGCUAAUCGAGAGUUGAGAAUUUGAAAGAAAAGAAAUGGGGAUGAAGAAGAGCGAAAAAGGCAGCAAGAAAGUGAUGGAAAAUAAGAAGAAUGAGAAGAAAGAUGUUGGCAGUGCUGCCAGCAAUGCAACGAUGGAAAAUGACAGCGUUUUUGCUUCUUGCUCCUUCUCUAGCCUUGGCCUUCGCCCUUCCUUAUGCGAUGAACUGCGUGAAAAAUUGGGAUUCGAGGUUCCAACUCUGGUGCAAGCUCAAGCCAUUCCUAUUAUUCUCGCUGGCCGUCAUGCACUUAUUAAUGCUGCCACAGGCACAGGGAAGACAGUUGCCUACUUAGCUCCACUUAUUCAUCACUUGCAGAAUUAUGAUACUUGCAUACAACGCUCUGAUGGAACAUUUGCGUUGGUUCUUGUACCGACGCGUGAGCUAUGUCUGCAGGUUUAUGAAAUUCUUCAAAAGCUAUUGCAUCGAUUCCAUUGGAUUGUUCCCGGGUAUGUUAUGGGUGGUGAAAAUAGAUCAAAGGAGAAAGCUAGGCUACGCAAAGGCAUAUCAAUUCUUAUAGCAACACCUGGGCGCCUUUUAGAUCAUUUGAAGAAUACAUCAUCAUUCUUGUACACAAAAUUGCGCUGGAUAAUUUUUGAUGAAGCUGAUAGGUAUGGCUUGCAUCUAUUGAUCAUUGAUCCUUCAGAGUUUGAUGAAGACGAAGUCAAGUAUUCCAGUAAAAUACCAAUAGCUGUAGAUUAUAAAAUCCCCACACAGUUAAUUCAGAGAUACGUGAAAGUGCCUUGUGGUUCUCGGCUUGCUGUUCUUCUUUCAAUUCUAAAGCAUCUUUUUGAAAGAGACACUUCACAAAAGGUUGUGGUAUUCUUUUCGACAUGUGAUGCGGUAGACUUUCACCAUUCACUACUAAGUGAGUUCCACUUCUCGACUGAUCCUCAAACAAAAGAAAGGGUCAUACAGAUGUUUCUUGGAUGCCAAACUUUUCGAUUGCAUGGUAAUAUGGAACAUGAAGACCGGAGAUCUACUUUUCAGGCUUUUAAAACUGAGAAAUCUGCUUUGCUUUUGUCCACUGAUGUUUCUGCUAGAGGCCUGGAUUUUCCUAAGGUUCGAUGCAUCAUACAGUAUGAUUCUCCUGGGGAAGCUACUGAAUAUGUGCACAGAGUUGGUAGAACUGCUCGUCUGGGUGAAAGGGGAGAGUCCUUGUUAUUUCUGCAACCAGUUGAAAUAGAUUAUUUACAGGACUUGGAGAAACAUGGUGUUUCACUAGCAGAGUAUCCUCUUCUCAAAGUGUUGGAUAAUUUUACAUUACACGGACAUAACAAACAAGUAAAGAAGUCUGUUUUCAUCGACUUGCAUCCUUGGGUCCUUUGUCUCCAGAAGGCACUUGAAUCAUUCAUCAUUUCCAAGCCCAAGAUGGAUGAACUUGCUAGGAAGGGAUUUUGCUCUUGGGUCCGUGCUUACACAGCACAUCGUGGUGAGCUGAAAAGAAUAUUUAUGAUCAAGAAACUUCACUUGGGGCACGUGGCCAAAAGCUUUGCGUUGAAACAACAACCAUCCUUAGUUGGACAAUCCUUCCAAAAGCAAAAUAAGAAGAGAAAGAGAUUUGAGAAAAAAAAUGGGCUAUCGAAAAAGAGAAAAGUUGCCAGAGUGACUUAGGCUCAGUUGGAUAAAUAAUUUAAAUAAGUUUUUUUAAAAGAUUUUUAUUAAUAGCAGCUUAUAAAUAAGUUAUUUUGUAUUUGGAUUUUUAGUUAUAAAAGUACUUAUUUUAAAGUUA